UACAGCUUAGUGAUACAACAAUGCAGUCUUCUAGGAUUCAUAUGCAUUACUAACUUUAGCAACAUUGUCUUGGGUGUGAGGCUGUCUGAAAGGUACAGUACUUUCUUUUUGCUCACGCUGAGACGAUAAUGUACUGCAGAGGAACUUUCCUUAUUUUGAUGCUGAACAUCUUCUGUGUCUUUUCAAAAAUUCCCCAUGAAGUAGUCUAUCUUAUAGGCUGUGCCGAGAACAACACAACAGAAGUUCAGUAUGAGUUUGAUGACGAGGAGAUCUUGUACAUGGACUUCAAAAAAAAUGAGAUUGUCUACUCUGUGCCUCCGUCUCUUUUGCAAAACCCAAGUGAAAUAGUAAGUGGCAUCCAUAUUUUAAAAGAUGCCUUGAAAGGAAAAAUAGCAUGUGUUGCAGCUCUCGCUUUCCUCAAAAUUGAGGAAAAAAAUCCACCAGAGGAAAAAGACAUCCCGGUGAGCAUGCUCUACCCUGCAAAUGAAGUAGAGCUUGGAGUUGCAAACAACCUCACCUGCUUUGUGAACCACUUCUACCCUCCUGAAAUCAAAGUCAGCUGGACUAAAAAUGGCCAUCAGGUGUCAGAGGGGGUGUUGCUCAGUCGAUAUUACCCCAAUAAAGAUUUGACCUUCCACCAGUUCUCGUACCUGAAAUUCACUCCAGCGGAGGGGGAUAUCUACAGCUGCACUGUGGAGCACUUAGCUCUGGACCAGCCUCAAACCAGGAUCUGGGAAGUGGACAUCAGUCAUCCCAGCAUUUGGCCCACAGUUUUCUGUGGAGUGGCCAUGUCUCUGGGCUCACUGGGGGUGGCAGGUGGAUUAAUUCUCAUGGUUAAAGGACAUCUUGGACCAAAUUAAGUUCUCUAUUUUGAAAAGGAUUUUACACAUUCACUGAUGCUUCUCAUGAUUUAUGUGAGAAAUUUUUAGUUUCUUUGUGAAUAAAGUCAAGGACAUUAUUGACAACAUCACACCUCCUGCCUGCAUUUUUGACACAGGAAGAGACAUUUUUAGUUAUUUUAGUAAUCUGAGCCUUUGUCUGUGCCCUUUGUAUCUGAAAUUUUAUCCCAGAUGAAAUCAGCUACAUGCAGUCUUGAUGUUAGUCCCAUCAAAUUUCUCAAAGAGGUUUUUUACAUGGUUGGACCCAGUAUUUUAUCUAUCAUUAAUAGUUCUUUAACAGAAGGUGUAUUUCCCUCUGUUUUUAAACACACUGUGGUCCAACCUCUUUUAAAGAAACCUAACCUUGACCCCUCUGAUUUUAAUCAUUUUAAUUCAAUUUCAAAGUUUCCUUUUUCAUCUGAAAUUCCAGAGAAGGUGGUUUCUUCACAGAUUUUAUCUUUUAUGUCUCAGAACAACCUCUUUGAGAAAUUCCAGUCUGGUUUUAGAGCGGGUCACAGCACUGAGACGGCCCUCCUCGAGGUGACCAGUGAUUUACUGUUAGCAGCAGAUAGAGGAGGAGGGAGUCAUUUUGUUUUGUUUUUUUUUACAGUUGAUUACAGAUUUUUGAGUGUCUUAAAAACUGUGCAUCAGGAACACUGCACUCAGCUGAUUUUAUUCCUAUCUUUUAGAGCGAACCUUUACAGUCAGCACAGGUAGCCACUCCUCCUCUAACUCUACUCUUACUUAUGGUGUACCCCAAGAUUCAGUUUUAGGUCUGAUUUUGUUUUCUAUUUAUAUGCUGCCCCUUGGCCAAAAAAAUUCAGAAUCACAAGGUCUCCUUUCACUGCUAUGCAGAUGACGCACAGAUAUACUUUCUCCUGAGACCUGAGGACCCUAGAAGCCUAGCUGCUGUCAUAGACUGUCUAAGUGCUGAAUGGCACAGAAUUUUCUUCAAUGCAAUAACUCAAAAUCAGAAAUAAAUCUCCCACAUCAUACAGUCUAGUCUUAGUACCCUCUCAGAAAACAUCAGACCCACGGCCAGAAAUCUAGUAGUAUUUGAUUCUGACCUCAUCUUCACAUCUCAUAUCAAUAAAGUUGUCCAGUCCUGCUUUUUCCAUAUUCGAAACAUCACAAAAUAAACCAGUACUCACCUGGUCAGACCGUGAAAGAAUGAUCCAUGCCCUCAUCUUCUCCAGACUCAGUCACUAACUCUUUCAUUUCUGGUCCUUAGGUCUUUUUAUGUAGUUUGGUUCCUGUGUUGCCUGGAUUGGUCUAGGCUGUUCUAAGUUUUUAAUCUUGGUCUUUAUUUUCAUUCUCUAAUUUAUAUAUCUGGGUUUUUCUGAUGCCUUUCUAACUUGAGAUUUCUUUUUUUUUUAAAUGUGACUACUGGGAUGAUUAUGAUGUUGGAGUUACAAUGCUGAGUGAAUUUUUCAUGGGUUCUUCUGUUGUUGGGAUUUUGUCUUUCUUGUUGUGUUCUUAUGCUUGUGUUAUGAUGUUUUGUCUUAAUUGUGAUUCUGUUUAUUGUCAAAGCACUUUGUAAACCUGAGACAUGAGUACAAGAUUGAUAUUUUGUGCAAGAGAGACCUCACUGCAGGAGAUAAAAAGGGCAGAAAAAAUAAACAUAAUUCAUUAAA